CCGCUUUAUAUUCCUACUAUUAUGAUUCCAUUGACACAGCCUGGACUGGAACUGAAUCAAAAAUCAACCUUUGUCUCCCCUUGCAAUCGGCAAUAAAGGAGGGACAACAGGAAAACAAUGGCUGCCAUGGCUUCCUUUAUCAUCAAGACACCAAUCCAGUCUAACAACCCUUUCCCCAAAACCCACCGAAUCAAUUUCCCUAUUGUCUCCCCUGUCUCCUACUCCUCCUACAAAAAGAAACCGAUUCCAAAAUCGAUUCGUAUCUCUUGCGGGUUGAUUCAACCAGAUGGAGGCAAGCUCGUUGAGCUUGUCGUUCCGGAAUCCCAGAGAGAUGUUAAGAAGCGGGAAGCCAUGUCUUUGCCCAAAAUCAAGCUCUCCAGGAUCGAUCUGGAAUGGGUCCAUGUGCUCAGCGAAGGCUGGGCUAGUCCGUUAACCGGGUUCAUGAGAGAAUCCGAGUUCCUCCAAACUCUUCAUUUUAACUCGCUCCGAUUAGGAGACGGGUCAAUCGUCAAUAUGUCCUUGCCAAUCGUCCUGGACAUUGACGAUUCUCAAAAGAAUCGGAUUUCCGGUUCCACAUCUGUUGCCCUCAUUGACUCUUCUGAUAACCCGAUUGCUAUUUUGAACAAUAUUGAGAUCUACAAGCACAACAAAGAAGAAAGAAUAGCAAGAACAUGGGGCACCACUGCCCCUGGUCUUCCAUAUGUUGAAGAAGCCAUAACAGAACUUCGGGCGGAAUUCACCAAACGGAAUGCUGAUGCCGUCUUUGCUUUCCAGCUCAGGAAUCCAGUUCACAAUGGUCAUGCUCUUUUGAUGACUGACACAAGGCGAAGGCUUCUUGAAAUGGGGUAUAAGAAUCCUGUUCUUUUGCUUCAUCCACUUGGGGGAUUCACUAAGGCAGAUGAUGUUCCCCUUAGCUGGCGUAUGAAGCAACAUGAGAAGGUGCUUGAAGAUGGUGUUCUUGAUCCAGAAAACACAGUUGUGUCGAUAUUUCCAUCUCCAAUGCACUAUGCGGGGCCCACUGAGGUGCAGUGGCAUGCCAAGGCUCGGAUCAAUGCAGGUGCUGACUUUUACAUAGUGGGCCGUGAUCCAGCUGGCAUGAGUCAUCCAGUUGAGAAAAGGGAUUUAUAUGAUGCUGAUCAUGGAAAGAAAGUACUCAGCAUGGCACCUGGACUUGAACGCCUAAACAUUCUUCCUUUCAAGGUGGCAGCUUAUGACAAGACAAAGCAGAAAAUGGAAUUCUUUGAUCCCUCCAGACCUCAAGAUUUCCUCUUCAUCUCGGGUACCAAGAUGAGAGCACUUGCAAAGAACAAAGAAAACCCUCCAGAUGGAUUUAUGUGCCCUGGUGGUUGGGAAGUGUUGGUUGAAUACUAUGAUAGUUUGGCUGCAAAUGACUCUGGUAGGGUCCCUGAACCCAUUCCAGCUUGAGCCAUUGAGCCAUUGACCAUGUGAUACACACACACAGAAGGGUGAAAAGUCCAUGAACCAGAUUAGAAUGCAUGUGUUUGUUUCUGUUUGUUCAUAAUUGUGUGGAUUGUUUUGUUUUAGAAAUAAGUUGAGGCACAGGCACUGCUGUAGUGAUAUAACUUUGCCUCCAUGUAAAAAUUCAUGUGCUGUUCUGGUGCACAUUGUAACAUAUUUAUUUAUGCUUUUCACACAUGAAAUAUACUGGUUGCUUUUGGGAUU